ACAACAAGCUAAACGUUACGCGGCUGAACGGCAAAGAAGCCUUGAAAUUGAAAUUGCUGUGUGGUCGAGUGAGUGGGUCGAUAACUUCAUUCUUUACGGUAACAUUUCAAUAAGCCGAAAAUACUUCGUUAUGUCUUGUGAUCAGGAUUUCGAGAAAUUAUAUUCACCAAGCCAAUGGUCAAAAAGAUUCAACAGUAAAGAAGUGCUUGAAAAACAUGUUCAAUUUAUUGAACAUCACAGCAGGUUGGUACGAGAAAAAAUUCCAUGCCAUCUAGGGAAUUCUUAUGGACCAGGACCAAAGGAAAAGUACGACAUAUACGGAACAGACUUGAAUAAUCAUGCUCCAAUUCUGAUACAUAUUCACGGAGGUUAUUACCAAGAAGAAUGCAUCACACAUUCAAACAAUGGUUUCAUCGCAAGCGUUUUGCAUGAGAGUGGCAUUAAAACCAUUUUAUUAGGGUAUGAAUUGAGCCCACAACGCACAGUAAGUGAAAUUUUGGAGCGCUUGCAAAUUGGUCUAAGGGAGUGUAUAAGCUACGCCACAAAACUAGAAUCUCGUGCUCUUUAUCUGUCUGGUCACUCAGUUGGAGCUCAUGCUAUAGCUGCUCUCCUUUCGGAGUUAAAAAAAUCGAUUUCAUCAGCAGAAAGUGACUUAAUUCAGGGUGUUUUUCUAAUAUGUGGGCUGUACGACAUGGUACCGAUCACAAAAAUGUCGGCUAACGACUUGCUGAAACUCACAGCAGAUACAGCCAGAGAAUUAAGCCCACUCUAUGGCGAACUUGAUUAUGGCAGUACAAAGAUUUUUAUUGUAGGCGCUGAAAAUGAUAGUCCAGCUUUUGUGAGCGAUUCUCAAAAGUUUUAUAAAAAGCUGCAUCUGAUGGGUGCAAACUGUUUCCUGACUAUCAUUCCAGAUGCUGAUCAUUUCGAUAUUAUUGAGAAUUUGUAUGAUCGCAAUUUUCAGCUUGCAGAUUUCAUGGUAAAAGCCAUCAAGGAAUAGUGUUGAUUAUUUAUGUAUCCACUUUAAAAGAGUGCGUUGAAGCUUCACUUUAGAAAGCUAAACACGAAUCCUUUAUCCCAAGUAUAUAUACAUAUAUAUCCUAGUA